AUGCACCAUAACCAGCCUGAGCUAAUUAAGAGCUUCCUGACAGUAAACAUCAUGAUAGAGAUACCAGUCUUAACAUUCUUCCAUGAUACGCACACACUGGCACGGCCUAGCGCCCAUCGCCGCUCCCCGAGCGGCACCGCAGCGCUGCCAAGGGCAGCGGCCGGAGCAUCACUUCUGCUGCCGACAACAGCUGUGUUUCCUGCGCUCUCUGAUGUGCCUCGCUUGAGCCAAGCGCGGGCGCCCCGGGUCACACACCGGCCCUUCCCCUGCCCCGCUCACAGGUGGAGGCUCCGUCCCCGGCCGGGCCCCGGAGCGCCCGCAGGACACGGGGGGGCCCGGCGGGACCGGCCUGCCCUGCACAGCGCACACAGCCGGGCUCGGGGGUUAACACGGCCGUGUCCGACCCCGCCGCGGGAGCGGGGGACACUGACCAGGGACACGCGUGUGUCCGCCCGCACGGCCGACCCCGCCGGCGCUCCGGGCAAAGGCCGGGCCGGCAGCGCCCCGCCCGCCGCGCUGCCCAGGCCGGGGCCGAGCGGCUCCCGCAGCGCAGCACGGCGGGCCAGGAGCGCCUCGAUGGUCCCAGCCCGGCGGGCGGGUCCCCAGAGCGGGUCCCGCAGCCCCGCGGUCGCUGCGCGGCAGCCCCGGGCAGGAACGCUGCUCACCGCGGCACCGCCGCCUCCCUCCGCCCCAGCCGCGCUGCCCCCGCGCCCGCCUCCCCUCGCCGCCCCGGCAGAGCCCUACCGGGGUCCAGGGCGGGCCCGGCGCGGCCGCACGAAACCAAUGGCCGGGCGGCGGCGGGAGGGAACGAGCGAGGAGCCGGGAACGCCGCGGGGUCGCUGCCUGCGGAGGCGGAGCCUGCGAGGGCUUAUAGGGCCGGGCCGGGCGCUCCCCGCCAUGUGA